UAAGAAAGCCGAACUGUACCCCAAAAAACGUCCCGUUAUAUAUUCUUACUUUCUUAGUCCGUGGAUAAUAUCAUUUGUUUAUAAGCAAAUUAUUCAUCUAUCUCGAUGUAUUGUUUUAUGUCAUUAUGAUAAAAUAUUAAAAACAAAUGUUAUUAAUUGUUACAACUGCUGUUUACAAUAAGAUAUAAGAAGUUACGGUAUUCUGUUUUUAAAUUUAUUUAUACUCAUAUUUAAUUAUUUCUGCUUAGAAAUAUUUUAAUAUUUAAGUAUUAUACAAGAUUUAAAACUGAGGCCACUGGGCUAAUAGAUAAAAUGCUACUGUUACCAAUACGUAUAAAUACAAUUGUACUAAACAAUAUUAAACGAAGUUUCAUGACGAAGUCUUAUGGUUUAAUGUAUUCUAAUGUGAAUCAAGUUACUAUUAAGCAUGCUAAAGAUGAUCAAUUUAUUCCUAUUUAUAAAAUACCACACAUGAAAUUUUUCAUCAGUUUAAAUAGAAUGAAAAGAUAUCAACUAUUAGGACUAUUUUGUUGGAUUCCUAUGUGUUUUAGUUUAAAUAUGCUUAGUUAUUUAAAUUCUGAAGAAGUAAUUUGUGCAUCAUUAAUAGGUUUAGGUUUAACAGCUGGCUUACAUAUUGCCUCUUGGAUAAUAUCAAAUAAUCUUGUUGUUUUUGUAUACAUAAGUGAAGACGAUCAAAGAUGUCGGAUGUCAUAUAUAUCUUAUUGGGGGAAUCGAGAGGAAUUAUAUUGCCACAUUGAAGACAUAAGACCAAUUGAGUUUUCUAAAUUAAGUCUUUUAAAUCACAAAAUUAAAUUGGAAGAAAGUCCAAUCACACUUAAAAUAAUUACACGCAACUCGACCAUUUUAAAUAAUGCUAAAUUUAGAAAAGUGUUCGGUAGUGAUAUUAUUUGAAAAAUAAAUUAAAAUUGAGUCAUGUACCUAAAUAAA